AUGAGCACAGUGCUAGGAACUCCCCGGCGACCUUCAUCUCAGGCAGCCGCAUCGGCAAAUGUAGAGCCAACGCCCUUCGAAAUCUUAAUUGCCAUCGGCAAUAUUCUGACCUGGCUUCUCACGGUUUAUGUGAUAUACCUUCACAUCCAAGCAAGAUGGGACCUCGAGGCCCGCUAUCGUGCCCACGUCCAAGCAGAGAGACAAGCCCAGAUUGAGGCCGAGAAGCAAUGGGAAGAUCAGGUCCCCGCAGAGAACCGCCGCCCAAAGCGCAAACAGAUCCAGGCAGAGAUCGAUGGAGAUGAGGAUUGGGAAGAUGAGGCAUUAGACUGGCAUAAUGAGGAUGUGGAUGUGGCCGUGAGGGAGGCUGAGGUCGACAGCAGCGAUGAGCUCGAGGAACGAAUGGAAGUCAUGGAGAUACCCGGUCGGCAAGAACUUGAACGAGAUUAUGGACGAUUGUGGUGA